GGGGGACAGAGAGAAGAGGCAGGACUUCCUGACAGGCAGAGAUGUCAACAGGGUGAGAAGAGACCUGGAGGAUGAGGGGGCAGCAGAGACAGACAGCAGAGAUCUCCCAGCACUCCACACAACUUCACUCCCUGCCAGCAGGAACUAGAUGAGGGGCCCCACCCUGCAAUACAGCACCCACCUACACAGCAGGAACGCUCCAUCAUGAGUGGUGGGAAGAAGCGGAGUGGUUUCCAGAUCACCAGUGUGACCACUGACUACCAGCCAUCCUCCCCCAUCUCCCCGAUCCCCGCGGAGCGCUCCCCAUCACCCCCCAAUGGCCCUCGCUCCCCCCCCACUUCCCGCUUCCGGCUGGUCCGGUUAGACCCGGGUCCGCUGGGCGGUGGGCGCAGGUACCAGAAGGGGCGCUGGACCUGUGUGGACUUUUACAACCUGGAGGUGGGGGCCCAGCACAGGGCGGGGGCGGGGCAUUCUCUGGACUCCGGCCUCCCCAGGUCCGCUCCGGCCAGCCCCUUACUGCUCUCACCAGGAGGGGGGGCCAAGGGACAGCAGGCUCCCCGGUCACAAGGGGCCCCAGUAUUUGGGGCAGUAACAGACAUGGAGCCGACAGCUCAGUUGACUCCGCCCCCACUUCCAGUAACACCGCGAAUCACAUCGCAGGAUGAGGUGCGCCCCAACCGACCGAUGUCCGAUGUCUUUAAUGAACGGCUGCUCCUAGCGCGAUCUGUGUUCAGUAUAGAUGAGAGUGAGAUCGACAGCACAUCCAACAGCACGGGGGCGAUAGACAACAAGAUCGAACAGGCCAUG